CUUAUAUCGGUUCAGAUUUUCAAAACGUAUAUUACUUUUACACAGACAAAAUUAUAUAUGGAUAUUUUUGAUCAACAGAUUCUUAAAGUUUUGAUGUUCAUGGUCACGAUUUAAAAUGAUUUUGAAUGAAAUAUGGAUUUAACUAGAAAAUGAUGAUCUCCAAGCUGCAACGACCUAUAGUUUUAAUUACCAUAGCGACUUGUCUUGUGUCAGUUACAGCGCAGAUAAAUCUGGCUUUACACGGAACAGUAGAACAAGAAACAACAUAUACAGACCCAAAUGGUGUAUCAUACGGUGCAAACUUAGCAAUAGAAGGACCUGCAAAUAAUAAUUGGGAAGAUGGGUGUUCAUCUACAGGUGUACAAUCGAUGACAUGGUGGGGUCUACUUCUUCCAAGACUGGCCUACAUAUCAAAUGUAAAGAGUUAUUACCGAAAGGAUGAGCCAAAGCGCAUGAACAGUUUUCGGUUGUACCUUGCAAAUGGCAGUGUGUACGACGACACUGAACUCUGCUUCAGAGAUUGGGGAAACCAGGCUCACCUUAACCUGAAUCAGAGUAUUGAUUGUGAUUUAAGCCCUACCAGGAAUGUAUAUUACUUCAACAGAAAUACGUAUGUCGAAUUAUGUUACAUAGAAAUAAAUGGAUGUUGGAAAGGUUUUUGGGGUGAAAACUGUAGUGCACCGUGUCCACAUAAUUGUAUUAACCAACAUUGUUAUCCUACAAAUGGAAGCUGUGUUUGGGGAUGUGACCCUAAUAACUGUGCGGUGAAUUGUUUUGCCAAUACAGGUGUUUGCUAUGGGGGAUGUGUACCUGGAAGAGCAGGACAAUACUGCAAUAAAUAUAAUUUGGCUUACAAUCAAACAGCGAAAAUUAUUCCUGUUGGACAAACUUAUGCAGGCCUUUUAGUCGAUGGACUCGUAUCAACUUGUGUUAGUUUUUCUGCUACUGCAACCAGUUCCUAUUGGCAGGUUGAAUUUGGAUUUUUAAGUGCUAUAACUACAGUGCAUAUUGUUUUUGGAGGAGAUCAAACAACGCCUGACAAUGAGCAUGAAGUAUAUUGUUCUAAUAACACUGAUACGUGGAAUAAUGGCAUACUGUUGUACAGUGGUCCACGUUUGAACACAGACAUCACAAUCUUUGCUGUUUGCAAAUAUGUAAUAUAUGUACCGCCUAUGUUAAGUGUAGGUUCUACUGUAGAAUUAUGCGAAAUAGAAAUCGGUGGAUGUCCAUAUGGACAAUACGGAGUAAGUUGUGAAUAUAAUUGUUCAGAACACUGUUUGGGACAAGGGCAAUGCGAUUUAGUCAGUGGACGCUGUUUGUCGGGAUGUUCAGAUGGUUGGGUUGGUGAAAAAUGUGACCAAGCCUGUGUUGCUGGUACCUUCGGAAAUCAGUGUCUUCGGAAUUGUUCACUAAACUGUUUAUCACCACCUUGUAACCAUGUGACAGGAGACUGUGAUCGGGGAUGUAAUAGAGGAUGGGAAAGACUUAAUUGUACUGACAAAUGUAGUCUAGGAACAUUUGGUUGGAAUUGUUCCGAGAAAUGUAUCGGAUGUACAGAAGAUUCGUGUGAUUAUAUUUCUGGUGUCUGCACAAAUAUUAGUGGAUGUAAACCAGGCUAUGAGUAUGGACGAUACUGUAAUAAGACGUGUGCAGAUUGGAAUUUUGGUACAAAUUGUACCAAUUAUUGUAACUGCCUGGAAAAUCCAUGCAAUACAUUUUCUGGUCAAUGUUCAACUGAUGGCUGCAAAAGAGGAUGGAAUGGUGUCUCAUGUGAUAAAGAAUGCACGUAUGGAUAUUUUGGAUUCAACUGUAAUGGAUUUUGUGCAAAUUGUUUGAACCAGUCGUGUAGUAUAUUAGACGGGAAUUGUACUGAUGGUUGUUCUACAGGAUAUAGUGGCGAUAUGUGUGACGUAAAAGAACUAACAAAGAAACUGACUUCUCCGUCUGAUCCUGGCCCAGCAAUAGGAGGAGUCAUAGGUGCCAUCUUGCUUGUCAUUAUAGUUGUAAUCGUUGUUGUCAUUAUUUACAGACGAAAAUCAGCUUCCAGACCUAACAAAUAUUUAAGUGACAGCAAACAUUUAAGUGGAACAGAAGACAACACAUAUAUUAAUCAUGACCCGUCACCACAAUCGAUGAACGUAUUUGUGAAUAAAGGUUGUGACGCAUAUAUCGAAGAUGUUAGUGUGUCAUUACCUGAAACACAUUCCGGUAACACAAGUGGUUAUGAUGGAAACGAAGAAAUACCACAGGAAUACGAAGAUGAAUACGAAGGAAAUGUAUAUGGUAAUGUACAAACAGAAGCUGACUACAAAAUAUCCAUAGCAGACCUGAAGAAAGUAAUUAAUGAAAAACAGAAAGACGAAGGUUUCAAAAAGGAAUACGAUAUUUUACCAAGAGGACUUGUUCAUGCACACAUGGAAGGUUCCAAAGAAGAAAACAAACUUAAAAACCGUUUUCUUGCAACAUGGCCAUAUGAUCAUUCACGGAUUGUUCUGACUGGAAACACCAACAAUGAUUACAUAAAUGCUAGUUUCAUUGAUAGCUAUGAGAAAGAAAAGGCAUACAUAGCUUCACAAGGUCCGAAAAAGAAUACUAUGAGAGAUUUCUGGCAUAUGAUCUGGCAAGAAAAAGUUAACACAAUAGUGAUGGUAACAAAAUUAGAAGAGGAAAGAAGGAAAAAAUGUGAACAAUACUGGCCUCAGAGCGUUAAUAAAGUAAUGGCAGUAGAUAAUUAUAGACUUGUAAUGAAAAAGGUGAUACAACAUACAGUGUAUGUGUACAGAUUAUUUAUUCUACACUCCAACAGCUCGAAGAAUAAGCAUGAACGAAAAAUUCAUCAUUUCCAUUUCACUCAAUGGCCGGAUCAUGGUGUCCCAAAUAGCGUCAAAUUAGUAAAUUUUUACAGAAAAGUCAAAAGCAUAAAGGUGGAUAAGACUGCCCCAAUGGUUGUUCAUUGCAGUGCUGGCGUCGGCAGAACCGGAACAUUCAUUGCUAUUGAUGCAUUAUAUGAGCAUGGAAAGAAAGAAGGCUAUGUUGAUAUUAUGGAGUAUGUGCAGACGAUGAGGAAGGACAGAAUGAAUAUGGUUCAAACACAUGAACAAUAUGAGGUCGUGUUUGAAGCACUGCUGGAACUGUUUACUGUUCCAGAUACGUCCAUUCACAAGAGUGUUUUUUGUGAAUACAUUCAAAAGCAGGAGCAGGAGACAUUACCUAGAAAUCAAACAGUAUUUAGAGAAGAGUUUCAGAGAUUGCAAACGUUGCGUCCGGUAUAUUCUGCUGCUAAUUAUACAACAGCAAAACGUAAAGAAAACAUAUCAAAAAAUUCUUCAAAGUCUGUUCUUGCAAAUGACAACUGCAGACCUUACUUAAUGACUUACGGUAGAAACAGAAACGACUACAUCAAUGCAGUUAUAGUUCCGGGUUAUUUGGCGGAAAGUAAAUUAUUUGUAACGCAGUGUCCAUUAGAUGAAACUGUAAUUGAUUUUUGGACAAUGAUGUAUGACCACGGUUCCAGGAUUAUUGUUUUGUUAGAUCCAGCAAAUAAGGGUGCUCCAUUAUGGUUGGAGAAGAAUGAAAAGCUUCAGUUUGAUGAUUUUAGCAUUAUAAAAGACAACGAAAAUUUAGAAAAAGAGCUUCAGAUCACUCUGAAUCAUACGAAAAGUAAAGAAAUGAUUUCAUUAAAUGUUUUCACUGCUGAAGAUUGGAUUAACAGUAAUGCACCACCAUCACCAGAGUACAUGUUAGAUCGUCUGCAGCGUGUACAAAACUGUUGGGAAAUACAAAAAUGUCCAAUAACAGUAGUUUGCAGUGAUGGUUGUAGCAAGAGUGGUUUAUUUGUGACAUUGAAAUUGGUUUUAGAAAAAAUGCAGGUAGAUGAGGAAAUAGACAUUUUCCAAGUUGUUAGAGAAAUUCAAAUGAGGCGACCAGAAUUCCUCGUGGAAUUGGAUCAAUACGAAUAUUGUUACAAGUGUAUCAAAGAGCUAUUGGAUGGGGAUUCUCGUGAUUCAUUGUAUGCGAAUAUCUAAGUGAAGUUCAAACUAUCUGUGAUAUCGAA